GUUCUAGAAUACCCUAGUACCGUUACAGUCAUCAGAAUAAGCUGGGCGUAUGGAUAUUAGGUAGGAAAACGUGCACUGCAAAGGACCUUGUCGAUUGUUAGCGAUGAUUCCCCCCCCAUGGGAAGGUAAACCGUUCAUGAGAGGAAACAACUAGCCAAGAGAAAAUAAUGACGGGGGGCUCUGCAAGUUUUCAGGGCUGCAUAGAUGGAGCGAAUCUUCAAGGUAGCAUUGGUACUUACCAACUACAUUCUUCAGGGAUCGAUUUUAAUAUUUUAAUGGACCCCCCCAGGUUUGGACCUGUGGUACCACUAUCACCCCCUGGGAUUCUGCCAAAACAGAGGUAUUAUUAUUUAUAAAGAAAGACAGCAGACCACUGUUCUAAGGCUACGAAGUGGAUUUGAUUUUUUUUUUAUGAUGUUGAAUGUUUGAACUUUUUUCCCAGUCAUCAUGCCAGUCCCUGAGGUCUUAUUGCCUAUACUGGGCUUCGUCCGAGCUGAGCUCAUCGUUAAUUGCAUCUUUGUCUUUCUGGUUUUGACAAUUGUCAUAUUAAGAGUCAUAGGACGAUUAAAUGGGCCGGGCCUGGGUUGGGAUGAUAGGCUUAUAAUGGCAGCAACGCCACUGGGAGUUGGCAUGCUGAUAUGCCAAGGUCUUUUUGCUCCAGUUGGAAAUGGUUACGACCUACCCGAACAUCCAGAACUGGCCGCUAACAUCCCGUUCAUCCUCGAGUUGACGUUUUGCAUGCAAAUUAUAUAUGUCAUCUUACUCGCAUUGGUUAAAUCGAGCAUGUUAUGUUUCUUCCUACGCGUUUUCGCCACGCCUUUCAUGCAAAAGGCUGCUAAAAUAUGCUUGGUAUUCGUGGGCUGCUGGAUGGUUACCUAUCUUGCAACAUGUAUUUUCAUCUGCACUCCCGUCUCGGCACAGUGGACCGGUAUGGGACAAUGCGGUGCCUACAUCUCCAUGAUUCAGUCCCUCAUUGCCACCAACGCAAUCGGUGAUAUCAUCAUCAUGGCGCUACCUAUGCGCAUCAUCUGGUCCCUACAAACACGAACGACGGAAAAGAUCGGUAUAACAGGGUGUUUUACUCUGGGCAUUGCUUGCGUCAUCUGCGCCGUCUUCCGAUUGAUCUACAUCUCCACUGUCGACCUGAACGUCAACAUCACUGGCACGAUGCCUCCCACCGUCUUCCUAUUCACGCUGGAACCGAAUCUGGCUAUUCUCUGCGUCAGCAUUCCCAUGCUGCGGCCAUUCUGGAUUCGACACAAGGAGCGAACGCGCGGUGCUUCGAAGCUGCAGGAGUUUUCGGAGGAACAGACGAUUGGAUCUCGACCGAACCGAUCCAAGCAGAGAAGCAAGGGAGGGUCUGGCAACGACACCGAGAACCUCUCGACUUGGGAAAUGGACGAUUACCACCACAACGAUAGGAGCAAAUUCGAUGCCGCGGUGACGACCACGUAUGGCGAUGAGUCCGGAUCGGAGAAGAAUUUAACGAUGCCUUCCAAGGGAUCAGGAAAUGUGAUCGCCGUUGAAACCCAAUGGACCGUCACUCGGGACUAAAAUAAGAUCGGAUAAUGCUACGGAGUCUAGGAAAAAAGACUACCUAGUUGGAAGAUUCAAAUGUUGUACUAUAUUUGGUAUAUAAAAAGAAUGGGCUGAACACC